UUGAUGACAAUGUUGCCUAUAUAUAUUUGGUUGAAAACUAAAGGCCAAGAAGUUGAUAAACCUGCUCCUUAGUUCCUGCAGGCUGUAACUGUAAUGGAGCCGACACCAACGGCCAUGGCCUUGCUCCCCAUCAUCGUCUUCCUCGUCGUCACCUACAUCUUCUCCCAGAGAUUCAGCAGCUAUAAGCCCCUGAACCUCCCUCCAGGGCCGCGUGGGUGGCCGGUGAUCGGCAGCCUGCCCUUGCUCGCCGGCCCGCUCCCGCCGCACCGCGCUCUGGCGUCCCUAGCCGCGCGGCACGGCCCACUGAUGCACCUUCGCCUGGGCUCCUUCCCGACCAUCGUCGCCUCCACCGCCGACGCCGCCCGACUCGUCCUCAAGACGCACGACCUGAGCUUCGCGGACCGUCCCCGCACCGCCGCGGGCCAGCACGCCGCUUACGGGUACCGCGGCAUCGUGCACACCCCCUACGGCGCCUACUGGCGCAUGGCGCGCCGCCUCUGCGCCACCGAGCUCUUCUCCCCGCGCCGCGUCGCCUCCUUCGAGCCCGUCCGUGCCCAGGAGCUCCGCGCCCUCGCGCGCGUCCUCUACGAGCUCGGGCUCGGCGCCGGCCAUGGCGAUGGCGGCGUCCCCGUGGCUGUCAGGGAGCACGUGGCGGGCUUGACGAUGCGGAACGCGCUGCGCAUGGCGGUCGGGGAGAAGUGGUCCGCGUGCUAUGGCAGCGCGGAAGGGGUCGAGUUCCGGCGCGCGCUGGACGAGGCGUUCGCGGUGACCGGCGCCGUGAACAGCGUCGGCGAGUGGAUCCCCUGGCUCGGGCGGCUCGACUUGCAGGGACACGUCCGGAGCAUGAAGCGGCUCAGCGAGCGGUUCGACCGCUUCCUCGAGAAGAUCCUCGACGACCACGAACAGGAACACGACCGGCGGCCGCGCGAGGCCGCGCCCAGGGACUUGGUGGACGUGCUGCUGCGGCUCGCGGAUGAGGAGGAAGAAGGGCUGACGCGGGAGGGGGUGAAGGCGUUCGUGCAGGACAUCAUAGCCGGGGGCACGGAGAGCUCGGCGGUGACGGUGGAGUGGGCGAUAGCGGAGCUGCUGCGGCGGCCGGAAUCCAUGGCGGCGGCCACCGAAGAACUGGACCGCCUAGUGGGCCGGGCCCGUUGGGUGGCCGAGAGCGAUCUGCCCGAACUCCCUUACCUCGACGCCGUGGUGAAGGAGACGAUGCGGCUGCACCCGGUGGGCCCGCUGCUGGUCCCGCACAUGGCCCGGGAGCGCACGGUGGUCGCCGGGGGCUACGAGGUCCCCGCCGGCGCGCGGGUGCUGGUGAACGCGUGGGCCGUGGGCCGCGACCCGGCCUCGUGGCCCGACCGGCCCGACGAGUUCCGGCCCGAGCGGUUCCGGCUGCUGGACGUGGACGUGGACGUGCGAGGGCAGCACUUCCAGCUGCUGCCGUUCGGGGCCGGGCGGCGGAUGUGCCCGGCGGUGGGGCUCGCGAUGAAGGUUGUGGCCGGAGGGUUGGCGACCCUGCUGCAGGGGUUCGCGUGGCGGCUGCCGGACGGGGUGGCGCCGGGGGAUUUGAGCAUGGAGGAGUUCGUUGGGUUGUCGACGAGGCGGAAGGUGCCGCUCGUCGCCGUCCCGGUGCCCCGGCUGCCGGCGCAUCUCUACGCCGCCGCCGUGGAAUGAUGCGUCAGGAAUUCAGAAUCCUGGGGUUGGUUGUUUGAGCAGUUCAGUUUCGGGGGCUAUUUGAGGAAGACAGUCCGUAGAGAUCCUGGACAUUUCACACAGCAACAUGCCGGAGGAAUCUGAAUGGCAUUGGGUCAUGUAGGCCUGUUUGGUUGGUGACCUGAGACAUGUGCGUGAGAAAACUACAUGCCUGAGAUGAAUAUGAUGUUUUAUGCCUGACGAGGCUUACUUCACCUUUUCUUGUUUGGCCGGAGCCUGAGCAUUGGAAAACGUGACAACAAUAAAAGU